AUGCCAGUUACUUUCAUUCUUUUGCUAUUAGGAGUUACUUGUGGCUAUUGUGGCAAAGUUUGUAUAGAUACCUUGGGAGGUACUGGCUUUUUGUGGCUCUUAUAUUCGGCAGUUUUGUGCAUGGGGCACUUCUUAUCAAUUGUUUUCACUCCCACUUUGUUCAAGAUCCUUCAUGGAUCAGUUGCUGCAUCGCAGCAAACAAAGCAUAAUAUAAUUCUUCCAUAUUGGUUUCGCCGAUUUUGGUUCUAUGGAACUUUGCUUGUGUUUCUACCAUUAUUUUGUGGUCUUACGCCUUUUGCGGGUGUUAAUCAAUGGAAAGACCAUUUUUUGAUGAAGGUGUCAAUAUUUAACAAAUUGGAAUGA